GGACGCCUCAUACCGCUUCCCGUUCUACAGCUGCACUACAAGGCGACCGUAGAAAAAGCACGCAACAUUGCUUUCUUUACUCCAGCUCACACCGAAUCGCUGGUAUGACCAGUUCGCCGACUUUUCAUAACACAUUUGGCUGUGAGCCCUUUGAUCAUUUCCUCCUGGAAAAAUGGGACUCAGAGUCGACUCUGCACCAAGACGAGCAAGAACGAAAUAUUGUCAAAGCAUGGAUUAGCCUCGGCCAACGUGGCCGCUAUCCAUACUUCGAGCGAUGCAGGGAAGACGAUAUUUCUUUGCCCGAUCACAUCCCUUCAAACCUGUCAGUGUUUGAGAAGCGCAAGGCGACAGAUCCAGACAAUUGGGGUGUUGCUGGCGUUAUCUGGAUUCGGACAUGGUACGGCAACGAAGCAUCUCUGGACAACGUUUCGGAUAAAGAGAUCGUCACGCGUGCGAGUGCCGACGAAGCAUAUACUCGGUUGUGGCGGAAAGCUUCAUGUCCUCCACAGGACCAUUACAAGUUUGACGCUGAUCUGUUUGGCCCAAAUGUAUUCAAAGAUGAUGCUACUGCUUAUGGGGUAACAGCACGGGACGCAGACGAUGAGGUGGAGCUGAUGAGUGAUAUACCAUCUUUCAUCCUGAGCGCUCUGAUCCAGUGCCCCGACGCGAUGGAACCUAAUAGUGGAAGUCGUGAUACCGCGGAGGACGACGAUGAUCUAAGAUCGCGACAAGCUCUACUUGUAGUGGUUGCAGACCGUGAGGCAUGUGAAGAUGGUUGGGUAUUGCUUAUAGCUCUCAACCAUAAAGGCCAGGUGUUGCACAUGCGUGCCAGAUGUAAAGCCUAUCAAGUCUCGGAGCAAGUGUACUUCUUCAGGGACGGUGGUGAGCCACUGGAUAUCACGGAAGGGGAAGAGAAUGUAAUUCACUAUCUGGAUGGCAAUAAAUCGGGCGAUGGAUGGGAUGAAGACUGACCCAUCACAAGGGUGCAAAGACGCUACUAGGCUCUCCACA